CUGACGAUCCCGACCACCAAAAACCCUAGUCCCCAAACCCGCCUCGCCGCCGGAGACGAUGGCGAAGCCGCGGCGCGGCCGCUCCGCCUCGCGCUCCUCCUCGGGGUCCUCUUCACGCUCCCCGUCCCGCUCCGCCUCCUCAGGGUCCGGCUCGUCCCGCUCGCGCUCCCGCUCCCGCUCCCGCUCCUUCUCCUCGUCGUCACCCUCGCGGAGCCGCUCCCCUCCCGCUGCCAAGGGCAGCUCACCUGGUGCACGGAGAGGUCGAUCGCCUUCAUCCCCUGCUAAAAGAGGAUCGCCAUCAAAGAAAGGUCGUUCACCAUCACCACCACCUAAAAAGGCUACGCCUCCUAGGAAAGCAUCUCCUGCUCCUGAAUCAGUUGUUCUCCACAUUGAUCAUUUGUCCAGGAAUGUUAAUGAAGCUCAUUUGAAAGAGAUAUUCGGAAAGUUUGGUGAAGUGGUUAAUGUGGAGCUAUCAAUGGACCGAAUGGUUAACCUUCCUCGUGGGUAUGGAUAUAUUGAGUUCAAGAAGAGAAGUGAUGCUGAGAAAGCUCUUCUUUACAUGGAUGGCGGUCAAAUUGAUGGAAAUGUUGUUAAGUUGAGAUUCACACUUGCACCUCGCCAAAGGGCUCCUUCACCUGUGAAGGCUCCUCCCCCUCCUCCAAAAAGAGAUGUUCCACAUAAUGAGAAAGGUGCUACUAGUGCUGAAAAGGAUGCACAACAGCGCAGAGAACCAUCUCCACGAAGGAAACCAGCUUCACCUCCACGCAAGAGGACUCCUCCAAACCGAAGGGUUGAAUCACCUAGGCGUCAACCUGAUCCAUCUCCUAGGCGUCGUCCUGAUUCUCCGCCUAUUCGUCGUCGAGCAGAUCCUUCGCCUGUCAGGCGUGGUGACACACCACCUCGCCGUAGACCAGGAUCUCCACUUAGAAGACGUUCUCCCUCUGCACCACCGAGGAGGCAUAGAUCACCAAUGCGUCCUUCACCUAGGAGGCUCCGUGGCAGUCCAUCACCGCGCAGACGCUCCCCUGGGCCUCCUAGGCGGCGGUCACCACCACCCCCAAGGCGGCCAAGAAGCCCUCCUCCAAGAAGGCCACCACCUCCACGUCGUCAUAGUCGUUCUCCCCCUCCUCGCCGUCCCCCUCACUCACGUUCUAGAUCAAUUUCUCCUCGAAGGCGAGGACCUCCAUUGAGGCGUGGAAGGUCUGAUUCAUCGUAUUCUCGAUCGCCCAGUCCUCCAAGAAGGGGACCAAGAAGGGUAUCAAGGAGUCGCAGCCCCCAAAGGCACCGUAGAGGAAGAAGCAUCUCUAGUGACAGCCGGAGCAGCAGCUCACCUUCCCCGAGGCGUGGCAGGUAAAACUUUUUAAAUUUCUUGACUAUCUCUAUCGUUUGCCUGUGCUUGUGUCUUGCUGAGAGCUCAAGCGGCUGGUUUGAGGGGAUGAAGAGAACUCAAAAGCUUACAGUGGGUCUAGUCAUCUAGAUUAGCAGUGGAUUCUAGCCUGUGAUUGGUUAUGUAGGUCAUGCCUGUACUGGAAGUAUUUUCUGUUCUAGACUUUCACUCAGCGAUCUGAACCUGUCUAUUCGGUGUGUUGACUUCCUGUUCUUAAUACUGGUAUCGUUUGCCAAAGUUCUGACUUCAA